AUUGGAUGGAAGAUGACUAUCGGAUCUGUAGUUGCAAUUGGUGCAGCAGUUCAACAGAGGAGAAAUCGUUAGGCCGGUGUUAUAUUUUUUCGCAAUUUUGAGUUUAUUGUUUUACAUUGAUUUUAUUAUUAAGUUGUUUUUCACGAUUUCAAUCUUGGUCAACGAGAAUGUCAGAGGAUAUGAAGGAAGAAAGCAAUCCAACGCCUCCUGAAGUCAAAGAAGAUGAUUCUUCAAAAGUUGAGGGAAAAGCUGCCCAGGAAUCUCCCAAAGAUAGUGAUAAAAAUGAUGCGGAAAAAGAUGUCAAGGAAGAUGUUGACAGUGGAAAAGAGGAAAGUGGAAAAGAAAGUGAAGAAGAGGAUGAGGAUGAUGAAGAAACAAUGGGUCUUUUGGAUAGACCAGUUGAAGUCACAGGAUGUCGAGCACGUAAAAAAGUCGAGCGUCUUGAGGUGAGCUUUCAUACUCCAAAAGAUAAAGAGAUGGAGAUACCAGAAGGAAAAGGGCAAAAACUUGGUCAAUGUCCCAGAAUUGAGUUUCAAAUUCAGAAGUACAAGGCAGUUGAUUUAAGGCCAUUGCAUAGGAUUCUGUUCAACAAACUGGGUGCUGAAAAAUCUGUGAAAAGGAAUAUCAGAAAAUUUUCUGGAUUUCCUUUUGAUAAAGACAGUGAUGAAUACAAAAAGAAAUUAUUGAUGCUUAAUAAAUAUAGUACAACUGUCUUGAAACGCAUGUGUUUAAUUCUUGAUGUUGAUCGUGGUGGUCAAAAAGAUAGUCUUACUGAAAGAAUUUUAGAGUUCCUAUUGACUCCUCAAGAUUCUGGGAAAAACGUUCCACAGAAGAAAUCAGCAAGAGGUAGUUCUGGCAAGAAAAAGCAGAAGAAAGUUAAAUCAAAGAAAUCUGAUGAUGAGGGUGAAAGUGCAAAUGAUGUUGAUGAUGAAAAGAUUGAUGGAAGUAAUGAAAGUGUAAAUGAAUCAAACAGUGAAGAAGAAAAGAGUGACGAUGAGCCCAAGAAAAAAUCAAAACCUGCUGCAAAAUCGACAACAUCAAAAGAUAAAACCAAAAAGUCUGCAGUCAAGUCUAAAAAAGUAGAAAAGAAGACGCCUGCUAAAACUGCUAAAAGGAAACGAGAUGUAGAGGAAGAUGAUGAGAGUUCUGAUGAUGAUGAUAAGCCAUUAGCAAAAAAAAGUAAAAUGCCGUCUGAUGAUGAAAUCAAAAAAAUGAUUAAAGGUAUACUUGAUUCUGCUGAUCUGCAAGAAAUAACCAUGAAAAAAGUAAUCAAUCAGGUGUCUGAUGCUUAUCCUGAUUUUGAUUUAACUGACAAGAAAGCAUUUAUCAAAAGUACAGUUAAAACGCUCCUGAAUGUCUGACUGGUUUUCCGAAAUUCUGACAAUGCAAAAGGCUAUUUCUUGAUUCCAUUGGAAAAGUCAUCUUUUGAGCUGUGUAAAUUGAUGUUUCUGGAAAUCCACAUUAUGAACUUUUCAUUCUUUUAUUAUGCAACAUAUGCAUCCCAUUUGUUCGAGAAGAUAGGCUUCUUUUGAAGUGUUUGCAGCUUCUACAGUAUUUUACAUUUUUUAUUCUCAAUAGAAUUAUAGGGUGGGUUAAAAAAUAAGUUACAAGGUUAAUAUUCAAAAUUUCUCUGACAUUCCUUUCAAACAUAUUUGUUGAAUUUGAAAAUUUACAUUUACUGAAAGAAAAUGCCAGCACUUCAAAUGAGCCUUUUUAAACCAUCACCUACAUGUAUAAUUCUUAGAUUAUCAUUAAACAUUGGUUUUAUGUUCACAGAUAAACUAUUAUGCAUAAGAGUGUUUUACUUUAUAAA